UAGCCCUAACUUCCUGUACAAGAAACCUAUAAACCCUUCAAAAAUAGAAAGAAAAUGAAGUCUGGUCAGGCUGAAAUCGCUGAAACAAGCAAAGGUAUCCAAAAGAGAGGUUUGAUGAGCAGAAAAAUUGCGAUUUUCGAGUUUAUCCUAAGGAUCAUCGCCUUUUUCAACACCAUAAGUAGUGCAAUCCUCAUGGCAACCACAAAUGAAACUCUGCCUUUCUUUACUCAGUUCAUACGGUUCCAUGCAGAUUACAACGAUCUUCCAGCUUUAACGUUCUUUGUGGUUGCAAAUGCUGUUGUAAGUGGCUACCUAAUCUUGACUCUACCUUUAGCAUUUGUCCACAUCGUCAAGAAAAAGACAGAGAACAGUAGAAUACUUCUUAUCAUUCUUGAUGUGGCAAUGGUAGGUCUUCUAGCUUCUGGAGCAGCCUCAGCAGCGGCUAUUGUCUACUUGGCACACAAAGGGAACAAUAACACAAACUGGUUCCCUGUUUGUCAGCAAUUCAACUCCUUCUGUGAGCGUAUCUCAGGGUCUUUGAUUGGAUCUUUCAUCGCCGUUGCCCUCCUUAUUUUUCUCAUUAUCCUAUCGGCUAUUGCCCUUUCUCGACGCCAUUGA